AGUCGACAAGCAUACAGUCAGAGGCAGGAAGGAAAGAAGGGGAGGGAGGACAGACAGACGAAUAGAGAGGGAGAGAAAGAUCCGCCUCUGUCCUCCUCCAAGCACUCGCUGCGCGCUGAGCGAGCCCGAACCGACGCGGCGAUUCCUCCUCUUCCUCCUCCUCCUCCUGCUUCUCCUUCUGUGUGAUCGGGAUACCAAAACACGCAGCGGCUGGUUUAUUCAUGCCCCCCAGCUCUAUCCCCCUUCCAUGAAGGUCUGUCAUUGUAGCAGCCAAAAAAGAAUUCACGAGAGUUGAAGAACCAUCGACCGAAGGAAGAUUUUUCUUUUCUUUUUUUUUCUUCUUCUUAUUUUUGGUGCGUUUUUGCGCCGCGGUGACUGGAUGAACGCGCGCAGGAAAAGGUUAUUCCUGACUCCUCUGCGCUAGAUGUGUGCAUCUAUGUACCCCUUGCGCCUGGCGACACGGUCUGGGACGUACCACUGCCACUGAGAUGUGAGUCUUCGCCGUUGACUGACCCCUUUGAUGAAAAAAAAAAGUGCACGGAGACAGGCCUGCAUGGUGUCAGAAACACUGAACUGUGAGAGAAACGGCUCGCCGCACGACCGUCUGGACUCAGCAGGAAGUACCUACUCAUCCACUUCCAGGUCAACCUUGGACGUCAUGUGGGCCAGAUGCCUGCUCUUCAUCGCUACCUUGCUCUUCCCUGCAGCCAGCGUCUAUGGCCGGGCGCCCAUCCCCAUGGCAGUGGUGCGACGGGAGCUGUCCUGCGAGUCCUACCCCAUCGAGCUGCGCUGCCCGGGCACUGACGUCAUCAUGAUCGAGAGCGCCAACUACGGCCGCACGGACGACAAGAUCUGCGAUUCGGACCCGGCGCAGAUGGAGAACACGCGGUGCUACCUGCCCGAUGCCUACAAGAUCAUGUCAUUCAGAUGCAACAACCGUACGCAGUGUGCAGUCGUGGCCGGUCCUGAUGUUUUUCCUGAUCCCUGUCCGGGCACGUACAAGUACCUAGAAGUCCAGUACGAGUGUGUCCCUUACAAAGUGGAACAAAAAGUUUUUCUGUGCCCUGGUAUUCUGCGGGGAGUUUACCAAAGUGAGCAUCUCUUUGAGUCGGAUCACCAGUCUGGUGCGUGGUGCAAAGACCCACUGCAGGCCUCCGAUAAGAUUUACUAUAUGCCCUGGACACCUUACCGUACAGACACUCUGACAGAGUACUCGUCAAAAGAGGACUUCAUAGCAGGCCGGCCAACGACCACGUACAAACUACCCCAUCGGGUGGACGGGACGGGCUUCGUCGUCUACGAUGGUGCGCUUUUCUUCAACAAAGAGCGCACUCGCAACAUUGUGAAGUUUGACCUGCGUACGCGCAUCAAAAGCGGCGAGGCCAUAAUCGCUAACGCCAACUACCACGACACGUCUCCGUACCGCUGGGGCGGCAAGUCGGACAUUGACCUCGCCGUGGACGAAAACGGGCUGUGGGUGAUCUAUGCAACGGAGCAAAACAACGGGCGCAUCGUGGUGAGCCAGCUGAACCCUUACACCCUGCGGAUCGAGGGCUCCUGGGACACCAGCUACGACAAGCGCUCCGCCUCCAACGCCUUCAUGAUUUGCGGCGUCCUCUAUGUGGUCAAAACGGUCUACGAAGACGAUGACAAUGAAGGGACGGGGAACAAGAUUGACUAUAUGUACAACACUGAUAAGAGCAAGGAGACCACCAUCAACAUACCCUUCCCGAAUUCCUACCAGUACAUCGCUGCCGUGGAUUACAACCCAAGAGAUAACCUUCUGUACGUGUGGAAUAACUACCAUGUGGUCAAAUAUUCACUGGACUUCGGGAAUAAUGACUUCCGACCGCCUCCCAUCAUCCCACCUAACCGGGGAGGAGGUCACACAGGCGGUGGGGGUUCCUCCUCUUCGUCGACUGGCCGAGGUACCACCACCCGUUCUCCUCCGUACUACACCACCCCCAGGCCCCUUCUUACCACUUCCCCCGGCCAGCGUUAUCGGACGACCACCACUGUCCGCCAGCCCAUCCUGGUUCCCGCUGGAGGCUCGGUGUCUGACAGUAACCAGAUUCCGGACACCAACCAAAAAGCUGGGGGAUCCCCUCCGGUGCUAAUCCCCCCGGCAGUCCCACAGCCCCCUGCCCUUCCUCCCCAAGAUUUCUGCAGUCCGAGGGUGACAGCCGAUAUUUCGUGGCCCCGGACACAACAAGGCCAGACGGCCAAGCAGCCAUGCCCUGUGGGGACACUAGGAGUUGCUACCUACGUGUGCAUGGCACAUUUUGGUUACUGGGAUCCUCAAGGCCCCGACCUCAGCAACUGUACCUCACCCUGGGUGAAUCACAUCAUGCAGAAGCUCCGCUCGGGAGAGACGGCGGCGAUAGUGGCCAGGGAGCUGGCGGAGCAGACCAAGGGCCCUUUGCGGCCGGGUGACGUGCCGUCCACGGUCAGGGCCAUGGCCCAGCUGGUUGAGCUGCUGGACGUUCAACUCCGAAACCUAACCCCUGGUGGCAAAGACAGCGCUGCUCGCAGCCUCACCAAGCUUCAGAAGAGAGAAAGGUCCUGCAGGUUUUUCACACAGGCAAUGGUCGAAACGGUAAAUAAUUUGCUGCAUCCACGAGCCCAGACGGCGUGGAGGGAGCUGCCCACCAGCGAGCAGCUGCACUCAGCUACUAUGCUCCUCGACACGGUGGAAACGGGAGCUUUUAUGUUGGCUGACAACCUCCUGAAGACUGACACUGUGCAAGAGACAACAGAAUAUAUCCAGCUGGAGGUGGCCAGGCUGAGCACGGACGGAAACCUCGCCGACCUGACGUUCCCUCAGUCCGAGCAACACGGAAACUCCAUCCAGCUGUCAGCCAGCACUCUGAAGCAACACGGCAAAAAUGGUGAGAUCAGGAUGGCGUUUGUGCUGUACAGAAACUUGGGCUCAUACCUGCCCACAGAGAAUGCCAGCGUCCGACUGGGCGGUGAAGCAGUCUAUCCGAAUUACUCGGUCAUCGUCAACUCACCGGUCAUCACAGCUUCCAUCAACAAGGAGAGCAAUAAGGUUUACCUGUCUGAGCCGGUGGUCUUCACUGUCAAACACCUACAGCAUUCGGAAAAGAAUUUCAAUCCCAACUGCUCUUUCUGGAGCUACUCCAAGCGCACCAUGACGGGAUUCUGGUCGACGCAGGACUGCCGGUUGCUGGCCACCAAUCGCACACACACCACCUGCUCCUGCACCCACCUGACCAGCUUUGCGGUCCUCAUGGCUCAUGUGGAAGUGAAGAAAACGGACAGCAUGCACGACGUGCUCCUGGACGUCAUCACGUGGGUGGGCAUCCUGCUGUCCCUGGUGUGCCUGCUGAUUUGCAUCUUCACCUUUUGCUUCUUCCGAGGGCUUCAGAGUGACCGCAACACCAUUCACAAGAACCUCUGCAUCAGCCUGUUCAUCGCAGAGUCCUUGUUUCUGGUUGGGAUCAACAAGGCAGAUCAACCGAUUGUCUGCGCGGUGUUUGCGGCCCUGCUGCAUUUCUUCUUCUUGGCAGCGUUCACCUGGAUGUUCUUGGAAGGGGUGCAGCUUUACAUCAUGCUGGUGGAGGUGUUUGAAAGCGAGCACUCCAGGACUAAGUAUUUCUACCUGGCAGGAUACGGAGUGCCCGCCAUCAUUGUGGCGGUCUCGGCUGCGGUGGACUAUCGGAGCUACGGCACCGACCGAGUGUGCUGGCUUCGAUUGGACACAUACUUCAUUUGGAGCUUCAUAGGUCCCGCUACUCUCAUAAUUAUGCUGAAUGUGAUCUUCCUGGGUAUCGCCCUGUAUAAGAUGUUCCACCACACGGCUAUCCUGAAACCAGACUCCGGGUGUUUGGACAACAUCAAGUCCUGGGUGAUCGGCGCCAUCGCUCUGCUGUGUCUGCUGGGCCUCACCUGGGCUUUUGGACUCAUGUACAUCAACGAGAGCACGGUGAUCAUGGCCUACCUCUUCACCAUCUUCAACUCCCUGCAGGGCAUGUUUAUCUUCAUCUUCCACUGCAUCCUGCAGAAAAAGGUGCGCAAAGAGUAUGGCAAAUGUCUGCGCACUCACUGUUGCAGCGGCAAGAGCGUCGAGACCUCCAUUUCCUCCUCCAGCAAAACCACAACCUCCAGGACUCCCGGCCGCUACUCCACAGGCUCACAGGUGAGCUUACCUGCCUGCACACCUGGACGCUACAGCACAGCAGACUCUCAGAGCCGUAUCAGGCGGAUGUGGAACGACACUGUGAGGAAACAGGAGUCCUCCUUCAUCACAGGAGACAUCAACAGCUCCGCCACGCUCAACAGAGGAGCCAUGGCUAAUCAUCUUAUAACUAAUGCUCUCCUUCGUCCCCAUGGUACUAACAAUCCCUAUAACACCCUCCUGGGGGACUCUGCAGUCUAUAACAACCCGGCCGUGGGCAUGUACAACACCCAAGGUGUGCCUGAUGUUCCUAUUAUGAACGUACAACAUUUCAAAACAUCCUAUCGGGACACAAAGGGCAUCCUGAACAACGCAAGAGACUCCAGUGUGAUGGAUACACUUCCUCUGAAUGGUAACCACCCAAACAACUACAACAUGGCAAGCAGUGAGUACUUGAGCGACUGCGUUCAGAUUCUGGACCGGAGCGGCGGUUACGGCACCCAUAGCAACCACAAGGAGACCACCUUGGAGAAGAAGAUCCUUAAGGAGCUGACCUCCAACUACAUCCCGCCGUACCUUAACAACCACGAGCGAGCGACCACGGAGCGCAGUCACAACCUGAUGAACAAGCUGGUCAACAGCAGUCUGGCAAAUGGAGGGAGUAUGGCCGGGGGCAGCAGCAGCAGCAGCAGCAGUGGUGUGAGCGGCUGUGUGGGCAGCGGCAAAGAGGACAACGGUCACCUGGUGCUGGACAACCCCGCAGCGUUCCCCCACGAGGAAAACCUCGGUCUGGAGAUCAUCCGGGAGGAGUCCAACGCUCCUCUGCUGCCGCCACGGCCCCCUCCGCCAGACAGCCACCCGCCGCCGCCGCCCCCUCCUCACAGCUUCUCCCGACAGCGGCGCAUCCCCCAGGAGCCCAGCGAGAGCUUCUUCCCCCUGCUAACCAACGAACACACCGACGAGCACACACACUCCCCGAACCACAGAGACUCGCUCUACACAAGCAUGCCGGUGCUGACGGACCUCCCAGAUGGGCAGAUAAAUGGUUUAACGGACGGAGAGGAAGACAGCUCCGGGGAGCUCCAGCCCUGCAAGAGCGCCACUGCUCCAGAGCUGGACGACGUCUAUUAUAAGAGCAUGCCAAACCUGGGCUCCAGGAAUCACUUACACGAGCUGCAGAGCUACUACCACAUGGGCCGAGGUGGCAGCGAUGGGUACAUGGUGUCCGGAAGCAAGGAGGAGUCCGACUCAUCUCCCGAGGAGGUGCCCGUAGACCCCUCUCAUCUGGUUACCAGUCUAUAGAGCCGGCCCAGACUUCUACCCCCCUCCCCCCCGCCCCUCUAAGUCCAACGUCACACUUAAAGUUCAAACAUUCUGUGUUGUUGACUGGCAGACAGAGCUGGCCCGUCCUUGGAUUGAUACACUGUGUGGGACAUUUUCAGUUGUUCAUGGAGGAGAUAUCACUGGUCGAAUCAAAAAAAACAAAAAACACAACAAAAAAAAAAAACAGGAGACUGAAUGUAUUGUCACAAACGCUGCAGACUAACAAGGCGGGUCUUGAAGACUUCUUUUUGUAAGCAUCUACCAGGAAGCAUCUACCAGGAACUCGAUUUGGACUCUUCAACUGACCGUAGCCCGACAAGAACCCAACUAUGAGCUUCAAGAAGAUUCUAGCACCUAGUCUCCACAAGGGCGUGGCCGUCAGACCGUGUGUCCGUGUGUCCGUCUCUCUGUCUCGCUCUGAAAAGACAUCUAUUUGGACGAAGUUGUCAACGUUUUGAAGGUCAGAGCGGGAGGUACCACCUACCUGCCAAGUGAAGGAUAAGCGAUGAACAACAAGCCAAAUUCCCAAACUUUUUUCCUUCAUUUCUGCUAAACUGGAAUCGUGUCUGGGCUGGUGUAACAUUCCUGCGAGUUGUAGUGACUACGGAUACUGUGUAUUUCACUCAAGAAGGACCAUAAAACUUUUGACUGAACUCAAAAAGAAAAAGAAAAAAACAGAAAACAAGAAUGGAUUGAUUCUCCUUUCUUCUGUAAAAGUUUUUUCAUUUAUCAAAGGAUUACGAGAAGCUCACAAAUUGUUUUUAUGUAUUGUACAGAAUACAGAUACAAAAAUGUUGCAUAUGACUAAGUCUUUUAUUUUUGAAGUUGAAAAUCUUUUCGUCUGUGGGACUGUUCUGAACCGUCACAUGUUCUGGUCGUCUACGGGCCACAGAUGGAACAAAGAACAAUCUGUCACGUCAUUCUUUCUCCGAUCAAGUUUAGGCACUCCUUCAUUAAUAUGCAUAUACCCUCACACAGGACGUCCUGGUCCUUGAAUAGCAACACCACUGACACGUUUGCAAAUCAGUUUUUCCUAUAUACUUUACCACCGUGUUUUCUUUCUUCUUUGCUUCAUUUUUAUUUUAUAUAUGAAGGGAAAACGAAAUGGUCAAAUGAUGAACGAGAACAUUUUUUUUAUAAAACCGCCGCAAAAAGGACCCUGGAUGAUACAAAAUACAGAUGCAAGACUUGAGAAAUGAAUAAAUGGUUUAAUAUAUAUUGUCUUUGUUGCCAAAUAUAUAGAAAUUGACAUGACCUUGUUGUGACGAUAGAGAGAUUAAGUUAAAGUGACUGGCGGCGAGUGAAAGAACUGCCAGUCUUACCCCAAUUUUACACAUGGUUCGUCUGCGGUGCAACUCCGUUGCCUGGGGAGUCCGUCUUAUGACCGUCAGUUAGUUUACAUUGUCUCCGUUGGGUCUCCGGUCUGUCCCCCUCUCCCCCCUGGCUCCCUGGUGGUUUCUCCCACCACCCCCAUGUCUAGUUUAUCCCGCUCUCUUCGCUCAUCCAAAACUUGAGCAAUCAGGCUCCGUCUCCUCUCUUUCCUCACGGAGUCCUUAUAAAAUAUCUGUUUUUUGUCAUUAAUGAUGUCAUGUUUUUGUACUUCCAAAAUUAACCUUUAGCCAUCUGUGGCGAAUACGAACACCGAUGUUAUCAGUGGUGUUAACGUGCGUUAUUGCAAUGAAAUUGAAUUUGAUAACAUUUUAUUUUGAAAGUGCAACGGAAGUUUGUAUUUUGAAACCUGGACCUGUUUCUCAGGAUUUUUGCAGCGACAUUGAUAGGUCAACGGACAGGAAAUAGAACUCUUGUGUAAAGCCGGCGUCGCAGAUGUAAACAGGCGAUGGAAACAUUCUGAUUUAUCAUUGAACGAUCCAUUUUUUUUUGUGUCAACGCAACAGAUGCGCACCGCAGACCCACCAGUGGAAAUCAGCCUUUAUGCAGCAUUUACACUGAAUGCGAUUCGCUCGUCAAAUUCGCAUUAGAUGUCUUCCUUUCUAAGCGGGUCUAAUUUGCUGCUUGAAACACUUCCGAAAAUGUGUUGAUAGACCUGAUGCUACCGUCAAAGAUUUUGGCCUCAUCGCUACGCAGAAGCGGUAAACAGUAUAUCUCGUUUUCAAUGCAUAGAAGACACAGAUGACGUUGAGAGUUUGGGUUCAUUUAUUCUAAAGAGCUCUACAAAAACAUCGGUAAUCAUGUCUUCAUGUCUGGGUUCAUGAGAUCAUUCAGAGACUCUCCCAGUACGGUGAGCCUUACCGUCUACUGCAGGAGCUGUGUACAAAUGUACAAAUGACGGCCGCUUCCGGCGCUACUUCUGUCUCUGUGACCCAGUUUAAUGAAAAUAAAAACAAAAUUAAAAUUAGAGGAACCUUUUAUUAUUGUCUCUAUGCAAAUACGAAAGAUAUCAUAAAAUUCAGGAGGAGUUCUUCUCCAUGUUGGGACAGAUCAUCAACAAGGUUGACUCAACUUCUUCGGCAAUGUUCAGAUAUUUGAAUUUGGACCUCUGAUCGGGUCGGCACAUUGGCUGAACAUUCGAGCCGGACAUUUCUGACGAGCAAAUCGUAUUCAGUGUGAACGCAGCUGUAACCCUUGUGCUAUCCUGGGCACUUUAACGUUGGGACUUGGGUCAUCUAGACCCACUAGACAGUGCUCUGAACCUUUUUUCUUCAAUGAUUUGUGAACCUCACUGGUGUCCAUGGAUUCCAUGAAAUCUUUUCACCUUUAUCCACCUUUGUCAUGGUAGGAAUAACACGUCAAUGUAAGGGUGGGGUCAUCUAAGAUAGCACAAGGGUUAAAAAUCUAAUCGAUGCAAAUUAGAAAAUGCUGCAUCCUCACAACUUGCACACAGCAACUCCAUUCAAUAUUGCAAAAUCAAGGUUUACAAAUCUAGAGAUGGAGAGUCAUAGAUUUAUGAAUUGUAGCUUUCCCAUGCUCCCCUCCCCUCCAUGUCCCGAGAGAGAAAUUAUUUAUUUAUCUGUUUAUUGGUUUUAAAAAAAACAGCCAAACAAGCUUGGAAAAAUAGGCUUUAGACUGGAGUAUAUAAAAAUAACACUGUUUUAUUUUUCCUCCUUUCUUUAAAUUAUUAUGAUCAUGAUUAUAAUUACAAUAUUACUGAUAAUUAUUUAUUCUUUUUGUAUGGGUUUCAAGUCGAAAGAUCUCAUAACUAAUAUUUGUUGUGACAGUGAAAGUUGUUUGCCAACAAAUAAAUUACUGACAUAGCU